GAAAGUAGUUGAGCAACUAUAAGAUGCCCAAAUCUGGGGUCACAAAACCAGUUCAGAGUGAAAAUUCUGACAGUGACAGCAAUAUGGUAGAGAAACCAUGUGGAAGAAAGCAUAAAGAAAAGAUUGCAUCCUAUAGAAAAACACCAAAAACUGACCAGAGUGAUGUGGGAAAGGAGAUGAAAGAGAAGUCUUCCCUGAAACGUAAACUUCCAUUUACCAUUAGUCCGUCAAGAAAUGAAGAACGAGAUUCAGACACAGAUUCAGAUCCAGGACACACAAGUGAAAACUGGGGGGAGAGACUUAUCUCUUCUUACAGGACAUAUUCAGAGAAAGAAGGUCCAGAAAAGAAGAAGGCAAGGAAGGAAGCUGGGAAUAAGAAAUCCACCCCGGUUAGCAUUCUUUUCGGCUAUCCACUCUCUGAGCGAAAGCAAAUGGCGCUGCUUAUGCAGAUGACAGCACGAGACAACAGUCCAGAUUCUACACCAAAUCAUCCAUCACAAGCAACACCCACCCAAAAGAAAACUCCCAGUUCCUCAUCGCGACAAAAAGAUAAAGUUAAUAAAAGAAAUGAGCGUGGUGAAACUCCUUUACACAUGGCAGCUAUACGAGGAGAUGUGAAGCAAGUUAAAGAAUUAAUAAGUUUAGGGGCAAAUGUGAAUGUGAAAGAUUUUGCAGGUUGGACACCACUGCAUGAAGCUUGCAAUGUUGGAUACUAUGAUGUUGCUAAGAUACUUAUAGCAGCUGGAGCAGAUGUUAACACACAAGGAUUAGAUGAUGAUACUCCACUCCAUGAUUCUGCUAGUAGUGGGCACAGAGAUAUAGUGAAACUAUUACUCCGUCACGGUGGAAACCCAUUUCAAGCUAACAAACAUGGGGAGCGUCCAGUGGAUGUAGCAGAAACCGAGGAGCUGGAAUUGCUGCUGAAGAGAGAAGUGCCUGUGUCUGAUGGUGAGGAGACUUACACAGAUUCUGAAGAGGCUCAAUCUAUAAAUCCUUCCAGUGUUGAUGAAAUUAUUGACUCUGAAACAGAGAAAGACUCUCUCAUCUGUGAAAGUAAACAAAGAGUUCCCAGUAAAGCACCUCUUCCAUCUACCCUUGACGAAUAUGAGUUCAAAGAUGACGAUGAUGAAGAAAUGAAUAAGAUGAUUGAUAACAGGCAUAUUCUUAGGAAAGAGCUACGAAAAGAGAAUGAAUCAGAAAUAGAAAAGAAUAAUUUAUUUGCAAAACAGGAAAAUGCUUUCUAUCUUAAAUCAUUUAAAAAUAAAAAACAAAAAUCAUCUAGAAUUUUGUAUUCAAGUUCUGAAAGUUCAGAUGAAGAAAUUCUUCAAAAUAAGGUUACUACUCCUUGUUCUGCCCCUGAACCAUCAAAUUCUGACAUGCAAACCAAAAAGGAGUUUGUGAUAUCAAAUGAAUACAAACAUAAAGGCAAAGUUAAAAGAAAGUUAAAGAACCAGAACAAAAAUAAAGAGAAUCAAGAGCUGAAGCACGAGAAAGAGGAGAAAGAAAACACUAGAGUAACAAACUCAACAGUUAAUACUGCAUUAGAUUUUUCAGAGAAAACCAGAGAGGAAGGGAAUUUUAGAAAAUCAUUUAGCCCAAAAGAUGAUACUUCAUUACAUUUAUUUCAUAUUUCCACUGGUAAAUCUCCAAAACAUUCUUGUGGACUAAGUGAAAAACAGUCUGAAAUGUCAUUGCAGUCUGAUCUCGUUCGAUAUGACAAUACAGAAUCUGAAUUCUUGCCAGAAAGUUCAAGUGUAAAGUCUUGUAAACAUAAGGAAAAAAACAAACAUCAGAAAGAUUUCCAUUUAGAAUUUGGUGAAAAAUCAAGUGUCAAAAUAAGGGAAGAAACUCAUAGUGCAACAUUUGAAAAUUCAGAAUGCACACUGAAAAAAAUGGACAUAGAAGGUAAAACAUUAAAAAAGCAUAAGUUGAAACAUAAAGAAAGAGAAAAGGAAAAACAGAGAAAAGAAACUGAAGGUGAAAACGAAAAACACAAAAAUAAGGAUGGUGCUAAAGAGUUACAGAGGAAUGUGGAAUUUGAUAGAGAAUUUUGGAAAGAGAAUUUUUUUAAAAGUGAUGAACCUGAGGACCUGCUUUUAAAUAUGGAACAUGAAACCUUAACUUUAGAAAAAAAAAUUAAAUUGGAGAAAAACAUGAAAGAUGAUAGAUUAACCAAGGAAAAGUAUAGCUCAAAAGAGAAGAACUUUAAAGAAGAAAGGGAAAAGAUUAAAAAAGAAAGUGAGAAAUCUUUCAGGGAAGAAAAAAUGGAAGAUUUAAAAGAAGAAAGAGAGACUGUAUCCACAAGUAGAGAGACAGAAUUCAAUUCUUUGGAUAUAAGUGCCAAAGAGGAACCUUCUUUUUCAAUAGGAAAAGAAAUAGACAUUGAAAAACAAGAAAAGUAUAUAAAGGAAAAAUCUGAGAAACGAUUUCAAACUAAAGAAAAGGACAUUGAGAAGGCUGAGAAAAAGCUUCCUGAAAAAGAGAAGCACAUCAAAUGUGAUCAUAAGUCAGAGAGAGAGAGAUUAGAUAUGAGUGAAUGUGCUGACAGAGGAAGAGACAAGGACAAGCUGUAUCCGCAUCACACAGAGAAAUGCUCUAAAGAAAACGAGAAGAUAAAAAAUAUAACUGCCAUUAAAAAAACUGAUGAAAGAAAGAAAAUCAGAGAAAAGAUGGACAGAAAAUACGACAAAGAAACGCCCGAAAAGGAGAGGACUCUCACAGAAAACAAAGAAAAGUACUUGAUGGAGAAAAAAAAUAAACAAUCAGACAAUAGUGAGUACAUUAAAUCAGAAAAAGGCAAAAUUAAAGAAAAAGACAGGGAUGUAGAUAAAAGGGGAAAAUCUAGAGACAAAGAAAGUAUAACUAUAACUAACCAUAAACAAUUACAGGAAGAAAAAAAGUCAAGUACAGCAGACAGUAGUAAAGCACAGGAAAAAUUAUUAUCCCUUAAAGAAAAAACAAAAGAUGAACCUUUGAAAACUCCAGAUGGCAAAGAGAAAGAUAAAAGAGAUAUAGACAGGUACAAAGAACGAGACAAGCAUAAGGAAAAGCUCCAAAUGAAUAGCUUGCUCAAACUAAAAUCUGAAGCAGGUAAGCCUAAAUCUACGUCAUUGCCGGCGUCAAAAGAUUCUCGGCCUAAAGAAAAGAGAUUAGUCAACGAUGAUUUAAUGCAAACAAGUUUUGAAAGAAUGCUAAGCCUUAAGGACCUAGAAAUAGAACAGUGGCACAAAAAACAUAAGGAAAAAAUUAAGCAAAAAGAAAAAGAACGGUUGAGAAAUCGAAACUGCUUAGAACUUAAAGUAAAAGAUAAGGAAAAAACAAAGCAUGUGCUAAUUAAAUCCCAAACUAAAGAACUUAGUAGGUCAAAGAGUUCAGAGCUGACUGAUGCUUUUUCCAAGGAGAAACAUCCUAAAGAGGCUACAAGUAACAGAUCACAAUCACUUGACAACAAAAAUAUAAUGAACUUGGGGAAGUUGUCCUUUGUUUCAGAUACUAGCUUAAACAGGUCUCCGAUCUCUGAACGUGAAAAGCCCGAUGUCAGCUCCAGAUCUACGUCCAUGACUUCUGCUGCUGGCUCAGAAGAUUGCUGCCACACGACAGUAACGACCCCACGGCCCCCACAGGAGUACGACUCUGACUUCAUGUUCGAGGGCUCAGAUUCCCAGAUGUCCUUUUCCCACUCACCUUUUUUGCUACUGACCAAGUCUCCUGCUCUUCAUGAAAGGGAGGUAGAAGGUUUGGCUGAGGCACCAGAGCGGAUUCAAUCAACAUGUGCAAACAGGCUUCCAUCAUCUCAUCUCAGGUCUUUUGUAGAAGAUAUUAAGCUAAUUACAAAUGAGUUUAAACCUUCUGUAGAAGUUGGAAGAUGCAGUAUCCCAUCUGUCAUCUGUGAACAUACAAAGCAAUCCCCAGCAAUAGCCGAAGAAAGCCAUCAACGUACCUUAUUAGUUGUGCCCAAAGCUAUUUGCUCUUCUCCCAAACCCAAGGUAUCUUCAAAUGUGCCUGAAAGUGACCUUUCAAAUAUAUCUAACAUACUUUCCAGUUUGACAGUCUCUCCAACUAGAACUGUAAACAGCAAAUGUAAUCUAGGUGAUACAAAUGUUAUCAAAAGUACUGCUGCAAUCAGCUCUUUAAUAGGAGAUCCUGUGCAUUUAGAGAUGUCUAAUCAGGUCCAUGUGAUCCAAAGUCAAUCAUGGGAGAUACCUGUUGACAGACUGGAGUCAUUAAGUACCAGUGACUUGACUUGUCCAAAUUCUGGUACUCUUGAUCAGGAUUCCUCUGGUCAGGGUUUUUGUCAUUCGGAAAACAAAAUCGUGAAAGAACAGAAUUCGGGUUUUUCAUUUCCGCACCAAACUGAACUGCCAGGAAAGUCUUGUGCUCAAGAUCCAGCAUCCUUCCACAGCCAAUCACUUGCAGAUGCUGAAUCUACCUCUAAGCAUGUAUCUUUGUCAUAUGUUGCCUAUCAACAACCAGUGAUUUUGCAACAGAAAAAUUCAGUUCAAACUAUCAGUUCUGUUUUAGAUACUGAUAAUGAAUCAACAAAAGAAAUAGAAAAUCCAGCCGACAUUCCAGAAACAGAUGCCUUUGUCUCAGUGUACUCUGAAACCACUGUACAAGAAGCAUCACCAACUGUUGAAAAGGCUAAUGCUUUACCUAUGUUACCAUCAAAAAGGGACUUUCAUGGAAAUGAUGCUUCUUCCCAGCUAUGUACACAUAUUUUAUUUAACCAACUUUUGUCUAAGUCUUCCAGUAGCUUUGAGGUAGAAAGUAGCACAACUGAUAUUCAGGUUAUUUCACAUGACAAAGGAAACAAACUAGAGAGUUUCAUUUUAACACACUUGAAUGAUAAGUAUGAUUCCGAUUUUUGUGAUAAAAAUGAAAGGAUUCCAAAAACACACACAAAUGAACAAGAUAAUCCAAAGUAUUGGACUGGAAAUGAAAAGUGUUUGCGAUCUAUACAAGAUGAAGAAUCUGAACAAAGCACUUUAACAAAUCUGGGAAACCAUCCACAACAAUCGGUUCCAUCAGAAAUCCAUAAAUUUGGUCAAUUUGUUAAAGUAGAAUUAGAGGAAACUGCUGAAGAUGAUAAAAUUGAAAACCAAAUUCCUCAAAGAGUGACUAGAAACAGAACAAAUACGUUGGUCAAUCAAAGCAAACAUUUCCUGGCUAGCUGUACACUCGUGUCCGAAAAGGACAAUGAAUCCUCAUCUCCUAGAGGAAGGAUCAGAUUAACUGAAGAGGAUGAUCCUCAAGUUCACCAUCCACGAAAAAGGAAAGUGUCUCGUGUCCCUCAACCUGUCCAAGUGAAUCCCUUCUUACUACAAGCCAAAGAGAAAACGCAGAAAUCUCUGGCAGCCAUUGUAGAUUCCCUGAAACUAGAUGCAAUUCAGCCAUACAGUUCAGAGAGAGCAAAUCCAUAUUUUGAAUACUUGCACAUUAGGAAAAAAAUUGAAGAAAAGCAUAAAUUAUUGUGUAGUGUUAUUCCUCAAGCACCUCAGUAUUAUGAUGAAUAUGUGACAUUUAAUGGAUCUUAUCUCCUGGAUGGCAAUCCCUUGAGCAAGAUUUGUAUUCCCACAAUUACACCACCACCUUCACUGUCAGAUCCACUUAAAGAUCUUUUUCAGCAGCAGGAAGUUGUAAGGAUGAAACUACGUUUACAGCACAGCAUUGAAAGGGAAAAACUCAUUGUGUCCAAUGAGCAGGAAGUUCUCCGAGUUCAUUACAGAGCUGCAAGAACAUUGGCCAAUCAAACAUUGCCUUUUAGUGCUUGUACUGUUUUGCUGGAUGCAGAAGUAUACAAUGCUCCGCUGGAUUCUCAGUCUGAUGACAGUAAAGCAUCUGUGAGGGAUCGCUUUAAUGCAAGACAAUUCAUGUCGUGGUUACAAGAUGUAGAUGAUAAAUUUGACAAAUUAAAGACUUGUCUUCUGAUGAGGCAACAACAUGAAGCUGCAGCCUUAAAUGCGGUCCAGAGAUUAGAAUGGCAACUAAAACUCCAGGAACUGGACCCUGCUACCUACAAAUCUCUCAGCAUUUAUGAAAUCCAGGAGUUCUAUGUUCCCCUUGUUGAUGUUAAUGAUGACUUUCAAUUGACUCCUGUUUGACAGCCGUUUCUUCUUGGUGUCUUUUUAAAUUCAGACAUUGCACUGUGGAAUACUGCCUCUUUACAAAAAUACUGAUAGUAUACCUUGACAGUUAGUAAAGUUUGAUGUAAGUUGCUUAUGUAGUAAACACACACACACAGAUAUAUAUAUACAUAUAAACAGAAUUUAUAACUGAAAACUAUUAUUUAUACCAGUAAAAGGUAGCUGUUGCAUUAGGGCAUGUUGACCAAUUGUGGUAAGUUAAAAAGUUGAGAAUCUGCUAACAGCGCUGGAAGUUGUUAGCCAUCUAAAGAACAAGAUACCCACUAGUAUUCAAAUAUCUUUCAGAUUUUAUUAAAAAUAUGUCAGUAUAUGAAAGGGGGAAAUAUGUCAGUAUGCUAAAAGUUUUAACUCAAAUAAUUUCUAAUGUGGAAAAUAUUUAGCACAAAAUUUCUUCAGUUUAUUAUAUGUGUAAAAAAUUGUACAGUGUUCUUUAAAAAUUUUUAAUACUGUCCUUUUUAAUAACUUAUUUUAUACAUAUUGUGCAGAUGUAAAUCUUCUAAUUAGCGGUCAAAGUGUAUGCAAAGGGAUUGGUAAUAAAACACGCAAACAUAGCAAUUCUUAAACUGUUUUGUGUACUUUGUUAUUGGACCAGAGUUCUGGUUUAUAUGGAGUGCAGAAGGAAUGUGUUUAGGUAACAAAACUUUGACUAAGCCACGCAUGUUUGAGUCAGCUUGUUUUCAUCACCGCAACUAGAAAAGUGUAACUUGGUUGUAUUGCAUGCUCUCUGUAAUUUAACUCCAGUUGAUACCUAAAUGGUGGCACGUUUCUUAUUACCCACUUAUGACAGCACCUAUCUAUGACUUAACGGUGUUAAAUAUAUUAUUUAGAAUUAGCACACCAAAAAUAUGUAGCUUUUUUCAUGUCACAGUAGAGCUAUCCCCCCCAAAUGCCUCUGAAUGAAAAUUUUGAAAUUGUAAAUCCAUAUUUUAAUACUCCAUGAUGAAAAAUCUGUGACUCUAUGUAAAUAUGUUUAAUAAAUUUUAUUGGUCAUGUUAA